AUGCUAAACGCCAAACAUAGCAUAGAAGAAUGUUCAGACCUAGCUACAUCAACAGAGUUCAUCGAAACACAACAUAGGACGUAUAAUAAUAGAAAAGCCUUAGCUGAACGAAGAACGAAUGGAAAACUGGACCGCCUGCUCAUCACCGCUCGAGCAGACAACGCAUCGGAACCAGUGCUCAACGAGAAGGCGAUUCUAAAUGUCACCAGGACAACCAUACCAAGAGAAAUGGAGAUCCUCAUCAGCAUGGGACCCAAAUUUGCACUCCCAGUACAACACAUUCAUCCAAACACCAUCUACCACUUCAUUGCGGAUAUAGAAUCUAUUCUACGAACUUGUCCGGACAAAGAAAUACAAGAUCGUAAUAGAUGUCUCAUAGGAACCCGCAUUCAAAACUACUUGUCACGUCCACAACCGGAAACAGCAAACACCCUCACUCGUUUCUAUGAAAAUGCAUCGUUGGUAACGAAAAAGUUCUUAGCAGAGAACCCUGAGCUAUGUAUUGUUGAGUCCGACAAAGGAAAAAGAAUGGUAAUAAUGCGACUCGCUGACUACGAUACAAAAAUGAGCGAACUUCUAAAUGACUCUACGUAUAAGGAACUCAUGAGGGAUCCAACCACCAGCAUUCAAAACGCCAAUAACAACAUAGUCAAACGACUGGUAGAUCUCAAGCUUAUCGACAAACAAACCAUGCGAAAACUGCAGACUCAAACAUCAAUCUGCCCUCGAAUAUAUGGUCAACCAAAAGCGCACAAGCCCAAUCUUCCACUACGCCCAGUAGUCCCCAACAUCACAGCACCCACAUACCAGACGUCCAAGUUCAUAGCCAACAUACUUCAAGCUACGUUCAACAGUAAAUACAACAUCAAAGACAGUUUCAGUUUCGUGGAAUACAUUAAAUCCGCAAGUAUUCCACCAGAACACAUACUCGUUUCGUUCGAUGUUGUAUCCCUAUUCACCAACAUAUCCAUAGACAGAAUCAUACAAAGCAUUAUACAUCGGUGGAAAGACAUAAAACAGGGUACACAAAUUAACUUGGAUCUAUUCCUCGAAAUGGUAGAGCUAUGUGUGAACAACAGCUGUUUCCGAUUUAGGGAUAAAUACUACCAACAGACGUUCGGAACUGCUAUGGGUAGUCCAUUAUCGCCUAUAUUGGCUGACUAUGUUAUGGAAGAUCUACUAGACGUCGCCAAACAAAGAUUAUCUUUCACCAUACCAAUUCUUAAAAAGUACGUAGACGAUCUUUUCCUCGUACUACCCAAAACUGAAGUACAAAACACCCUGGAUGUCUUCAACGAAUAUGACCAACACAUUCAGUUUACCGUAGAAUUGGAGAAAAAUGGCUCAUUACCCUUCCUAGAUACCAUAGUCAUUCAUAGAGAGGACGGUGGUAUGAAUACAAAGUGGUAUUCCAAACCCAUCUCCUCGGGACGUCUACUAAAUUACCAUUCUUUCCAUCCAACAACCAUGAAGCUGAAUGUAGCAAACAAUCUCAUCAAACGUAUAACGCAGCUCACAACUAGCACAUCCAUAGAACAGCAGAAACACACAAUUUUCCAAAUCCUCCGUCAGAACAACUAUCCGUCAUCACUAAUUAAUCGUCUCAUCAACCGUCUCAACAACAACCAUCCAACACGCCCAGCAUCAAUGAAUGACCCGCCUAUCAUCAACAUCAAUCAAUCCUCAACACUUCCAUCGCUCUACAGUCACCGCAGCCUACAUCAUCACAACAAUCAGCAAUCUCAACAAUCUCGCAAUUCCAAAAUUGUCAUCGUGAAACCGAAUUCGUCACCUACAGAUCCAUUCCAAAUAUUCCUAUAUUAA